AUGCAGUUUGAAGACGCCGACGAAGCGACAGAGCUCGCAGCAGGCCACCUGCCACCCGCCACAGUCGACUUCACGACCCCGCGCGAGCGGGAGGGCGCGUUCGUGGACGAGUCGAUGCCGGAGGACGAGGAGGACGAGGAGGACUUUGACGAGGAGGAGGAGGACUGGAUCGAGAGGGAUGACUUACAGGGUGGACUGUAUGCUGUCAUGGACCAGGACUGGGCGGAUGCGGCCGGUGACUUUACGAAGCGGUACAACAGGAUGAAGCAGCAGGUGCUCGUCUCGCACGGCGCAGCAGCGCAGGACAAGGGGGGCUCGUCUACCUCGUCUGCAUCCGCUCGAGCAGGAGGAGUUCUCCCCGCCGUCAACCGUCCCCGCCGUGCUCCUCAGGCUGCUGCGUCGACUUCGACGACGGCAAAGGCAGGUGAGAAGGAGGCGGUCCACCUGAACAAGGUGACGGACCAGCUCGCACACUACUCCCGCUUCGCCUCUCGCAUCCAACUCGACCCGCUUUACAUGACCUCCGGCACUGCGACUCGCAAGGGAGGAUCCGAGAAGAUUCUCGUCAAGGACAAGAGCGACCGCGCGACCAACGAGCAGGUUCUCGACCCUCGAACGCGCCUCAUCCUCUUCAAGAUGCUCGGACGCGGGCUGAUAGAGCGCAUUGACGGCUGCGUCUCGACUGGCAAAGAAGCGAACGUCUACCACGCCGUCUCGCCUGAAGGCAAGCACAUCGCGCUCAAGAUCUACAAGACCUCCAUCCUCGUCUUCAAGGACCGCGACCGCUACGUGAGCGGCGAGUUCCGGUUCAAGUCGGGUUAUGCGAGGAGCAACCCGCGCAAGAUGGUGCGAUUGUGGGCGGAGAAGGAGCUGCGGAAUCUGCGGCGCAUGAAGGGCGCGGGCUUGCGGGUGCCAGAGGCGAUCGAGGUCCGGGAGAACGUCCUCGUGAUGGACUUUAUCGGCGAAGACGAGUGGCAAGCAUCGCCGCGACUGAAAGACGCCCAAAUCCCGCCCGAGCAGCAGCGCUCGCUCUACGUCGAGAUCCUCGUUCUCCUGCGCGCCAUUUUCCACCGCUGCCGCCUCGUCCACGCCGACUUUUCCGAAUACAACAUCCUCUACCACCAGGGCCACUUGUGGGUCAUCGACGUCUCGCAGUCGAUCGAGCAUGAGCACCCCUCUGCGUUCGAUUUCCUUCGCGCCGAUAUCCAGAACGCCGAGGACUUCUUCGCCAAGCGCGGUGUCGAUACACUCGGCUUGACGCGGACGUUCACCUUUGUCACGCGGGACUCGUGGGUUAGUGGGCGGGAAGAGACGGACGAGGACGCAGCGGAGGCGAUCGAGCGGUUACUUGCGCAAGCCGAGGCGGAGGCGAACGAGCCUGCACAGGCAGACAGCGCGGGAGCGUCUGCGCAGCAGCAAGAAGCGGCGAAGCCUUCAGCGUCGGACGAGGCGGUCUUCGCCAAGUCUUACAUCCCUCGAACGCUCGACGAUGUGUACGAUGCGGAGCGGGACGUUCAGCGCGUCUUGCGUGGCGAAGGCAAGGACCUCAUCUACGCCGACAUUACCGGUGUUGCGUCGAUCCACGGUAAGGGGAACAAGGAGGAGGACGCAGCGGGCGGACUGGACGGUGUCGAGGAGGAAGGGCAGGAUGAAGAUUCGGACGACGACUCUGGCGACGAGGACGAUAGCGACGAGGAGGACGAGGACGGCGAGAAGCAGCAGCGGCCGAAGGGCAAGAAGUUCGAGGACAAGGACGAGAAGAAGAAACGACGGCAGGAGGUCAAGGAGCAGAACCGCGAGAAGCGCGCGACGAAGAUGAAGAAGAAAGACAAGGCAAGGAAAGUAAAGAAGACGUCGGGGAAGCGGUAG